AUGUCCCAGAAGCCUCAUGUUCCGGACGUCUCCGUAGUAGUUGUGCUAUACCUCUCAACCAGAAACAGUCCCGCGUCAUCGCCAUGUCCUCAACGCAAGACGGCGCCCGGCCCAGGCGCCCGGCCCAGGAAGCGCCUUCGACCCAGCGAGACAAUUCGUACAAACGCUGCUCCCACCGCCCUCCCAAUGCCACAGCUUCCAUGCCGUCUCGAUGCCUCGAGUCUCUCGCACACGUUGUCAAUCGACCACGUCAAGAACUCGACUCGUCCAAUUACACUCACGACCUUGGGCAAGCGAGAACGCGACAAUGAAGAAGAACAGUCGCCACCAGGACCAGAGCGCGUCUUCGGCAUCCACGAGCUCGUCGAUCAGAUCCUCUUCUACAUACCAGCCGGAGAGCUUUUGCGCUCGCAGUCUGUCAAGCGCAUGUUCAAGACCGUGUACGAAGACUCAAAGCAACUCCAACUCAAGAUAUUCGAGCGAAUUCACGGCAACUCUCGCCCUUGGCAUCCCCUCGAAGUCAACCCGCUCCUUGUGAAAUGGUCGCGCUGGAACGGUAUCCGCAAGGAACGCGAGCACCGCAUCGCUGUUUCGACCCUAGAGAUCCCGCACAUAUUCUUCAGCGAGAGGGAAGCUGUGUUGCCUGUGUUAUGGGUCACCUUCAAAGACGGCGUGGAGGCCGUCAAGAUCGACCACUCUGAGUCUUGGUCGAGGCUGCACAUCUACGAUGCAGGUUUGCCCAUCACGGUCGAAGUUCAUUGCGGUCAGAGGAUGGAAGAAGACAUCAACGACCAGCCGCUGGUCUUGGACCUCGACGCCUCCGUAGAUGUACGCAACUCUCCACUGGGCAAGCUGUUGGAGAUCGCGAAGACCCUCAGACAGUUCGCUGACUUCACCUACCUCGACGACGAGGAUUGUGUGGAUGGAGACACUUCUGUCGAUGUGAAGCAGGAUGCCUCCUGGGUGGCGAGCGUGGACCCGGAUCUGAUGGAACUCAUCGAGGACCAUCUGAGGCUUUGGGUUCGUGUUGGGCAGAUCAUGCCCAGUCUCUAG